AUGUCAUCCGGGCCAGCAACAGUGCUUGUGGUGGCAGCAGCAACUCGUAAGGGGCGAGUGUACCACGAGUGCAAGACCAGUGGUGCUGCGUCAAAUGGAGGCCCCACAUCAGGUGGUACAGGAGCAGUUAUAGGAACCCCAUCAGAUGGCGCCAAAAUGGAUGGUGGACAGAAUCGGGAGGCCCAGGACGUGCUCGUGACGGUGCAGCAGGGCACGCUCCGGGGCGCCGUGAUCACCAGCGUGCUGGGCACGCCCUACAUCAGCUUCAAGGGAGUGCCCUACGCCAGGCCGCCGGUGGGAAAUCUCCGUUUCCAGGCGCCAGAGCCAGCCGCAAGUUGGGAGGGGGUGCGUGACGCCUUGGAGCAGAGCGAAAUGUGCAUGCAGCCGGUGAGCGGCGUCUACCACGUGGGCUCCGAGGACUGCCUCUACCUGAACGUGCACGUGCCGAUGAACGCGUCGGGGCCGCUGCCCGUGCUCGCCUGGAUCCCCGGCGGCGGCUUCACCAACGGAGCCUCGUCCUUCAACGGCCCAGACUUCUUCAUCGAGGAGGGCGUCAUCGUGGUGUCGCUGCAGCAGCGGGUCGGCGCCUUGGGUCUUUUGAGCACCGGCGACGAUGUGGUCCCCGGGAACGCAGGCAUGAAGGACAUCGUGAUGGCGCUGCGGUGGGUGCAGCAGAACAUCGCUGCCUUUGGUGGAGAUCCCGACCAGGUGACCAUCGGCGGCGAAAGCGCGGGAGCCUGCUCCACGUCCCACCUGAUCAUCUCUCCGCUCGCCGACGGCCUGUUCCGGGGCGCAAUACUGCACAGCGGGGAGGCGGUCAGCUCUUGGGGCGUCGGCGCCGACCCCGCGGUCAGGGCCUUCCGCCUGGGAGAAGCCCUCGGCUUCUCCACAAACGACUCGCGGGAGCUGCUGGAGUUCCUCCUGGCGCAAGUCUAUCAAGACAAAUUUGAGGAGGCGCAGCUGCCGCUGCUGUUGUGGACGCCCGUGAUAGAACCGGAUGUGGAGGGCGCCUUCAUCACGGAGUGGCCCGCCACCGCCCUGAAGGACGGCCGCUUCAGCAGGGUGCCCGUCAUCACCGGCUUCACAUCUGGCGACGGGAUGGAGGCAGUCCGUCGCAAGCGGUACCUGGACGACGCGGCGGCGCUGCAGCAGCUGAGCGACAACUUUGUGGCCGCGGUGUCCCCGCAGCUGCACCUUCCGACGCCGCAGCAGCGCGAGGAGGCCGCCCUGCAGAUGCGCGACUUCUACUUCGGGCACGAGAACAUCACCGCCAGCGACGCGCAGGCCGUCGUCGACAUGCUCACCGACCUUGCCUUCGGGGAGCCAGUGGACUCGACAGUGAGGGUGGUGGCCAACCACACGGACGCCGCCCCCGUCUACUACUACCUGUUCGACUACAGGGGGGAAGAGCUGGGGAACACUACAUACGGAACACCUCAUGCGACCCAGAGCAGUGUCGUCUUCUACCUUCAGUAUCUUCCCAUUUUAGCAGAUCCUGAGUCGACUUUCGGACGCUUAAGGUCGACUAUGACGAGACUUUGGACCAACUUCAUCAAGUAUGAGACUCCGUCUCCAGAAGGCGAGGAGAUAGUCUGGGAAGCUUUCGACAACAGCAACCUUUACUACUUGCACAUUACCGACACAUUUGAACUUAAACAAGAUGUUUACAAGGAACGUAUGGACUUCUGGCACCAGAACAUUCCACUGUAA